AUGCAAGGCGAUGAUCCUAGCAUUCUCGAAUCCCUGCAGCUCAUCGGCACCACAAAAUUCGAGCCGCGGAGCGAUAUCAAAAACAUCCUAAUCACUGGAGGGGCUGGUUUUAUAGGCGGUUGGGUUACCCGACACUUAACCGUUCAGUAUCCCGAGUACACCAUCGUCUGUUUCGACAAAAUUGACCGAGUCUCCUCUUUAGCCAACAUUAGCUGUCUCGAGGCGUUCUCGAACUUCCACUUUGUAGAGGGUGAUCUGACCGACGCAGCUGCCGUGUCCACGGUACUCGCCGAAUACGAUAUUGACUGCGUGCUGCACUUUGCGGCAUGUUCCCACGUCCAGAACUCGUUUGAAGAUCCGUCGAGCUUCACAAUCAAUAAUGUGGUCGGCACGCAGCAGCUCUUGGAAGCCAUCCGGCAUCGCCACGGUGUACAUUCCGUCCGUCGCUUCAUCCACGUCAGCACUGACGAGGUCUAUGGUGAGGCCGUGGGUGGGUUUAUCGACGAGAAGCACCAAUUCCAGCCGACAAACCCCUACGCAGCAUCCAAAGCUGCCGCCGAGAUGUACGUUUGGGCCUACGCCAAGUCGUUCGGUCUUCCAGCUUUGGUUGUUCGCAGCAAUAAUGUAUACGGGCCUUGUCAGUAUCCAGAGAAGAUUAUUCCUCGCUUCUGUACUCUUCUAAGCAAGCAACAGCCCCUCACCAUUCAGGGCUCCGGCCUGCAUGUACGGCGGUAUCUAUACGGCGCCGAUGCGGCCGAUGGGUUCGAUACACUGCUGCACAAAGGCCAGUUGGGUGAAGCGUACAAUAUAAACUCUGCUUUGGGCGUGACCAACAUCGAGGUUGCGGUGCGCAUGCUCGAGCUGUAUGGCUACCGUCCGGAAGAAUUCAAGUCCCGUCUGGCCUGGAUCGCCGACCGGCCAUUCAACGACCACGACUACCGGGUGGAUGGCUCUAAACUCGCGGCCCUGGGAUGGCGUCAGCGAAUUCCUUUUCCCGAGGGUUUGAGAACGACGAUGCACUGGUAUCGAAAGCACACGCAAGCAUGGUGGCCGAAUGUGCCGGAGAAAGUCACUCUGGUGUCGACGACUGGCCCUCGUAAUGAUGAUGCCUAG